AUGUCGACCGCAAAGCCCGCCUUUCCCAAUUACGACCCCAGUGUUCACGAGGGUCUUCAGCUUGCCUCAAUCUACGACCGGAAGAUAACCGAGGGCCUCCAGCCCGUCGCACAAGAGCCCAAGUAUUCCACCGACAACAACUGGCACGAAGCCCCCCAAGUCUUCAUCCAGGAGGAGCCCAAGUACCUUGCCGAAGAUGGCGACUUCAGUGCCAUCAACCUGACAUCGCCGAACACUCCGACAACUCCGGCCCCGACUUAUCGGACAUACCCAGUCAACCGUGUGAGCGACGACGGCAUUUCACUGACAAGGGCGCUGACCUUCGAUGCCUCAACCAUCGACCUUGAAAAAAGCAAAUCGAAGAAAGAAAAGCAGAAGCGGAUAUGCGGAUGCACACGCACUGUUUUCUGGCUUUCCCUUGCCUUGGGUGUUACCAUUGCCGUCGCCGCUUCCCUUGCCGCCGGCCUCCUUCCAGUGAACCCCCACAAGGACGAUUAA